AUGCGUGAGGAUGACUAUUGCGGGUCAUGGGAGGCUUCAGUACACCGUGGACGGUCAGGAACGGCCCGUCUUCUCGCGGCAGCAGUGAGGACGGCAGUGGCGAGGCUGGCGUCUAAUGCAUCCUUGGGAGUGCACUUCGAGGAAGCGAGGGGUCAUGGGCACAUCUACGUGACCUGCGCAGAUGAUCGACUCUUGCAAUACACGGUAGAUGGCCAUUGCAGACCCACGUUCCAACAGAUGGUCUUCUUGCAAGAUGACAUGGUGGAUUUUCCGGACAUAGGCAAGUCGGUGAAGCUGCCGUGCAGUCAGGCCAAUAGCUUGAGGGCGCAGCUACAAGAUCUCGCUUGCCAAGUUCAUCUUGGAGUCAGAUUUCAAACUGUGCGUGGGACUCGCAUGAUACGAUUCCACUUGGCACAUCACAAGUUGCAGUACACCGUUGAUGGAUUGUGGCGACCCAGUAUCCUGCAAAUGACCUUCCAGGAAGAUGGGCUCUUGAACAUCCCAGAGUUGAACAAAAGCGUCAACAUGGCCCCGAAAGAAGCAGAAAGCCUCAGGAUUCUGCUACAGGAACUCGCUGCACUGGCAGGUCUCUGUGUUUGCUUCGUUGAGCCACGCUGUAAGGAUUGCAUCCGCAUCUCUGUGGCGGGUGACAAUCUCCUUCAGUAUUCAGUGAACGGCUCCUGGCGCCCCUGCUUCUCUCAGUUGGAGUUGCAUGAGGACGGAUGGGUAGACUUUCCAGAACUUGGACGCAGAGCGCAGCUGCCCUUGGAUCAGGUCUACACCCUUCGAUCGCAGCUGAAGGAGCUGCAACUUCGAUCGCAGGUGGAAGAGGAGACCGAGGCUUCCAAUGGCCAUGGCCAGUGGAACCAUUGCCGCCAUGGCAGCCAUGGCAGCGCAAAUGGCAACUCCAUGGCGUUGUGGUUGGUGGUGGAGGCUGGUAGUGUUCAACUCACCGAAGCCGAGACAUCUGAGACCUGA